GUUUACACAACUGGCCGCAGCUCAGCAGCUGAUUCCUCUGACCGUACCGCCUGUCUUAAAGUCGUUUGAAAUGCGCAUAAUUUAAGAUUUUUAUAAGUAUUUCCAUACUUAAUUCAAUUAUUGACCCUUAUAUGUAAUAAUUAAAGCGACAACAGUGAUGCAAACGAGUAGAUCAUUGCGUUGCCUCCUCGGAAUUCUGAGAACGAGGAGUGUCGGUGUCAAGGAUGCUCUUAGAUUCACUUGCCCCUCCGGGCAACUGAAAUUCUCAAGUGUAGCUGUUGACGCAGAAACACCAUCUUUGGUGUCCGAGGGACUUGGGAAAUGGCAGAUAGUGGGGGCUGCGUGCAUAACAAGACUUCCAGUCAUUUGUCCUCCUAUGACUCCAAUUGAGGAGGAGUAUUCAAAGUUAAUUACCAAAUUAGAAAUAGAUCACUCCCUCAAAAGUAACCAUGAACUCCGUCUUGAGCAAGAUGUGAUAAGGACCGAACUGCUGAAGUCAAGUGAUUUAGACGAUGCUGACCUUGAAGAAUCCUCACAGCAAACUGCUUUGGAAUAUGAGGAUGCUUGUGUGGAAGAGCUGAAAACAUUUAAUUUUGCACCUAGGGUUACAGAGGCUGAUCAGACGGGUAAUCUCCAAACAUUAAACAGAGCCUUAGAUAGAGCAUUGGUUUUAUUAGUAAAGCAGAAAUUAGGGGAUGAAUACCAGUGGGUGUUCCCCCAGUCUCCUUGGAUUCCAGGGGAAACUCUUCGGCAGACGUGUGAGCGCAUCAUCAAAGAGAAAUGUGGUACAAACCUGAAAGUGAAGGUACUUGGAAAUGCGCCCUGUGGUUUUUAUAAGUACAAGUAUCCUAAACAACUUCGCAGUGAAGGAUUCAUUGGCGCAAAGGUUUUCUUCUAUAAAGCUCAAGUUACUGGAGUAACUGGAGAAGUACAACCAGGAUCUGAUAUUGCUGAACAUCAGUGGCUGACACAUAACCAGUUGGAUGGAAAAUUAAAAAGUUCAUAUGCUAAGUCUGUUGCUAUGUUCCUUGUUUCCGACCAGUAAAAUUGAAUAAAUUUGAAUGGAUGGGUGCUUCAUGUUCAAAACUUUUUAGUGAGAAGCUAAGUAAUAUUGAGUGUAUGGACAUGGAAAAAGCAAUUGGAAUAUGUGGUUUGUUAUGGAUAAAAUGAGUGUAAAUAUGUAUAGUUUUGAAAUAAAUAUAACAUCAUA